AUGUCUUGGCGACCACCACCCAUGUCCUCCACUGCGCGCCUCAUUGUUCCCUUGCGCACCCCUAUCCACACCUCCGAUGACGCCUGUAACAACGCCGUCGUCCAGUUGCCGGCCUUUUGCCAGCACACCGGUCUUCAGGUCUAUGCCUACGCAACCAACUCUGACGCCCCCAGCCCUUUGGCGACUGCUGUGAACGUCCAGUUGAGCUCGAUUCCGGUGGAAGAUGAGGGUUGGAGCCGGUAUGUGGUCUUGAAUGGGUUGACGCUUCCUCGGAUUGGGAGGUGGAGGGUGUUUCUUUAUGGGGUGGUCCGUAGUGAGGAGGUCUGGAGGAUUCCGGCGGGCGAUGUGCAGGUGGAAAUUGCGUUCGUGGAUGUGGGUGGAGGUCCGUAUCUGUGUAAGUGCUUUCUAUUGUCCACAGGGCUUGCCUGGGUUCCAUGA